AUGAAUCUGCCUUCACUUAGGUUCUUAAGGGCUAUAUCUUAUAAAGAGACUAAACAAGGAGAUCUCUCGAUCAUGAGUCGUCCCUAUUGGAAGGUUGAAUUGAUUUCAUCAGGAAGCAACCAGGUACCGGAUAAGCCUGAUGAAUCAGUAGAGUCAGAGCUACUUGCCUACUAUUCUCUGAUUGACCAGUGA